AUGAAGCCAAAUGGAUUCUGCGCUCAGAUGCGCUUCAACGAUGCUCCCCGAGCGGAAGAUGUACGUCCGCUGUCGGUUUUGAGGGAGGCCUUUCAGAAAGCUCGGCAACGCUGGACCCAGAAGCGUGAUUGGAGCUAUGUGGGCGAGAUGCUGCGUAGUAUCCGCCAAGACCUCACCAUUCAGAUGGUCAAAGAUGCCUUCGUCGUGGAGGUCCAUGAAUACUGGGCCCAAGUUGCUUUGGAGUUCGGCGAUUUCAAGCAGUUUGAUCAAGCAGCUGUGCAGUUGGAGGCGUACUAUGCCGACCCAGCAUUGGAGAGCGGCGCAGCCAAGUUGAAGGAAGUCCUUGCAUGGCGUUUGCUCUAUUUGACUGUUGAGGGCGAAGGUCUGGCCACUUUGGAGUUCUUGCAACGCCACCAGCGGCACUUGAAGGAAGGUGCAGUGGUGAAGUUCGCAUGGAGGCUCCGGCGAGCGAUGAGCCAGCGCUGCUAUCCCCAAGCCGUGAAGCUCUUGGCGCCGAUGGUGUCGACGGAAACUGAUUUGCCAGUGUUGCCAGAGAGUUUGCGCGCGGAGCUUCUCCGAAGAGCGCGGCUAUUGCAGCUUAUGACCGUUUGCAAGGCCCUCAGUCGGGAAAAGGCGCUCACGCGGAAGCGCUUGGAGUCUUUGGGUUUGCAGUCGGAGGAUGGGACCAAAAGUCUGCCGAUCAUCUUCAGAAAGGAAGAUCAAGAGCUGGUGGAUCCUCAAGCCACACACGAUGAGGCGAAGAAGGAAUUGGAACCCGCCGAAGUCCGAGACACCACGAUGCCAGGACAGGUGCGCAUCCGUCGGCGCUUGGGUCGACAACAUGAGGACCACUUGAAUGGCUUCAUGCGGGCAGUUCCAGGAACACCACGAGAGAAUGGGCCGUUCAAGGCUGAGCGGCGCCCUCGCAUGGUCGACUGA